AUGGAUCCCCAAGAGUACUACCAAGAAAUCGAGGAACGGGUCAGACAAGGCCUCUUCACGCGUGAUGCUAUUUUGAACACUCUCAGCGACAGAAUCAGAAACUUCGGCAUUUUGGAAGACGAGGAAGAGCAACAACUCUGCAAAACAUUUGAUUCUAUCUGUACCGAAGAAAAUGGCACUUUAUAUCUCUCCCAACCAACAUUCAUUUCCUUCCUCGGGAGAGCGGGGUUUCUUCCCUCGUCCAUGACUGAAGCAGGGGAGAUUCUCUAUCGCUGUCUUAUUAAUCCUUCGCAAGCCCCAUUUUAUCAAAAAUUCCGCUCAGAAGUUGACAUUGGACGCGUCUAUGAAGAAAGCGAAGAUUCCCGGACUAGAACACCGGCCGACACACGGAGAAUCAUCUUCGAAAGCUUAGCAACAAUCCGCAAUGACAAGAAAGCGUCGUCUAGAGAGGAAGUCGUCCAGUCCAGAAAGCAAUCCGAACAGAAAGCAUUCGAAUUUCCUGCAUUUCACGCGCAUCGCCGCGAAUAUGCCGAAACAAACAACGAUGACGAUGGUGAUGAGGUGUUUCAUGAUCUCUUGGAUGCUCUAUUUGUGGCCCAGCCUACCUCUAAGAUCUGGAUAGCGCCGGUGCCGCGUGACUGUUUUCGUCCUUUGGCUAGGGAGAUUCAUCAUGGGGGUCCGUAUUUGCAUGAGCUGAGUAUUCCGGUGGAUGGGUUUCGAGAGUUUGUUGAAAUUCUUUUGUUUGCGCAUUGUGGGAAACCCAAUGUCCCAAUAGAGGAGAUGGUUGGGUUUGGUCAUGCCGCAGACUGCAUCUUCAGAAGAUUCGUUCGUGAUUCGGAUGUUGGAAUCACCUGGGAGACAUUUGACCAGGCUCUCGCAGCAACUCCGGAACUACUCACCGGUCUAAAGCAUAUAUUAUCCUGCUUCUACACUACACCAGAUACUGACAGUCUAGCGCAGCGUCUCCCCCAGCCAAGUAAUAUAGCUACCUUGCCUGUCUUUACGCAAUUGAGUACAAUACUUUCAGACACUGUCUGCUUCAACCAGCUUCAGUUCUACAAGUGCUACAACGUCCGCGAUAUCUCUCUUAACGCUUCUACUCUCGCAGAUGCGAUUAGUACAGCCCCCGAUCCCUUAAUCCUACUCAUAUCCGGAAAACUCACGAGAACCGGAGAGAAAGCGAUCUUUGGCUAUUACCUCCCAUGGGGCGGUGGAGAUGACGCUUCUGGUUUGUUUCUUUUCCAGCUAAGCCCGUUUCACGACGUUUUCCGGGGCAAUGGCAACCGUCCGGGGUGGGUUAUGGAAAAUGGAGAGGAUAUCUUUGGGCAGAGAGAUAAUGGAGUAGCAUUAGUGGCGACUUCUUGGAGAAGAGAUUGGCAGGAGGAGGUCGAGGUCGAAGAAAUUGAGAUAUGGGUUGAGGAUUAAACUAUGGGUGAUGCAUUGGCAAACUGUAUCAAGUGAUUAUUAGAGACAAUGAUUCGAAUACCACACAUAGCC